AUGCCAAAUUUAUACUUCGUAAUAAGAUGGUUAUGCAAAGCAAUUGUAAGAUCUUUAUUUAGAGAUGUGAAUGUUAUAAAUCCUGAAAAUGUACCAUUAUAUGGGUCAGUUAUAUUUGUAGGAAAUCAUAAUAAUCAAUUUAUUGAUGCAUGUGUGUUAGUAGCAAAUAUACCAAGACAAGUAAAAUUUAUAGUAGCUGAAAAAUCUAUGAAAAGAGCAGUUAUAGGUAAGUUGGCUAGUAUUAUUGGAUGCAUAAGUGUAAAAAGACCACAAGAUUUGAAAUUUAAAGGAAUUGGUAAUAUCUUUUGGGAAAUAGGAGAUAUAAGAAUAAAAGGAGUCAAUACAAGAUUUAGAUUAGAUGUUCAGAUUGGGGAUAAAUUAAUGACACAAAAUAAAAUUUUUUGUGUUACUAAAAUUGAAUCAGAAACUGAAUUGCUUAUUCAAGAAGCUAUAAAUAUAGAAUGUGACGAUAAAGUUAAUGGGGUUCCUUUUAAAAUAAUACCAAAAGUAAAUCAAAGUGAUGUAUAUAAUUUAGUCACUAAUAGUUUAAAAAAUGGAGAUACUAUAGGAAUUUUUCCAGAAGGAGGAUCUCAUGAUAGAACAAAUUUGUUACCAUUAAAACCAGGUGUUGCUAUUAUGACAUUAUGUGCUUUAGCAGAUGGAAUUGAAGAUGUUUCUAUUAUACCUGUAGGAUUAUCAUAUUCUAAACUUUAUCAAUUGCAAGGUUGUGUGACUUUAUUCUAUGGAAAUGCAAUAAUGAUAUCCCAAGAUUUAUGUAAAGAUUAUAAUAAUAAUCAUAGAGAAACAAUAAGUAAAUUGCUAACAAAAAUAGAAGAAGGUAUGAGAAGCUGUAUGUUAACAUCGAAAGAUCAUGAAACAAGUAGAUGUAUAGAACUAUGUGUUAGCUUAUAUACACCUGAACGAAUGACCAUAUCAAAAAAUAAAAUUUAUAAUAAUUUACAAUUAUUCUGUAAAAUGUUUUGGAAAUUCGGUAAUACAAAAGUUAUUAAAAAUUUAUGUUAUCAAUUACAAUGUUAUGAAAAGUUAUUACAAGCAAAUAAAAUAAAAGAUGAUGAAGUAUGGAUGCUUAAACAAUCCACUUCAGCAGCAACCUUAAAAUUCAUUGAGCAUAUUUGUAGUGUUAUUUUUUGUGUAAUUUUUGGUAUGACAUUUUCAUUAUUAUGGUUACCUUUAGUUUUAAUUUCUAUACAUUUAGCUGAAAAACAUAGAGAAGAUGCACUUAAAAAUAGCACCGUAAAAAUUCAAGGUUGUGAUGUAGUAUCUAGCUAUAAAGUUUUAGUAUUAAUUGUUUUAUUACCAACUUUUAAUCUUUUUUAUGGUUUAAUUUUUAGUCUUUACCUUUACGAAACAUGGAUAAAAAGAAUAAUAUUUACAUUUUUAAGUAUAUGCAUACUACCAAUAUGUUAUUAUAUUAAUUUAAACUAUUCCGUUCAAAUUCCUACUUUAUUAAGACAAAUGAAAAUUUUAUUAAAAGUUAUAUGUGGAAAGAUUAAUGUUUGGAGAGAUAAUGAAAGAGAAUUAAUUAGUACAAGACAUGAACUUCAAUUGAAAGUUCGUGAAUUAGUAUCAACUUUAGGACCUAAUGUUUCGGAUGAUUUUCUUGAACAACUAUAUAGAAAUAUUCCGAAAUUUGUUGUUGAUGCAGAUACAAAAAGAUUAAUAAGAGGAAAAGAUGAAUGGGUUCCUAUUUUACAACGUUCUCAGUUGGAAUAUAAAGAAGAAAUUUUGUAA